GACUUCUUCCGCACAAAGGGUUGUUGUUGUUGUGCUGGAGGUGAAGGGCAAGCAGCCAAGAAGGCAAACGAGAACAGCCAGCCAGCACAUCGCUUGGCUUUGCUUGGCUUGGCUUGGCUUUCAUCUGAGCCAAGCACAGCACGGAGACAAAGAUAGAGAAGACAGAGAACAGAGUGGGAAGAAACUACCAUUGUCUGAGUGCUCGCUCGUGCGUGUGUGCGUUUGUGCGUUCGUGUGCGCAUUAACUGUGGGGAGGCACCCUGUCAGAUUGAUGAUUCAUAGUGUGCAGCUCUCGAGCGGAGACAGCAAUCAAGCAAGCAAGCAACCAGCAGGCAAGAGCAAAAGGCGAGCGUGCUUUAAGCAACGCAUCUCGUCUCCUCUCCGCUCUCUUACACCAACACACCGAUGGACGAAAACGACCAGCCCGACUUCACGAGGGAGCCACCUCCCUCGCCACCCUCCUCGUCCUCAUCACCUUCAUCUGCAGCAUCCACAUCUCCGCCGCGCGAUGUGCAGCAGGGCGGGCCUUGCGCCUUCCCAAAUACUUACAUCCAUCAGGCCGUCGAGUCGCAGUAUUCAAAGUUUACAAAGCUGGCGUCCAGCAUAGCGAAGCUGCCCAUGCCAGAUGAUUGCCAGCCCGCGAACAGCUACACUGCACCGCAGGGCGCAAACUGCUUGCUCGAUCCACAUCUGAUCAGAUGCGAUGCUCCCAUCGAAGCGAACAUUGCGCGCGUGGUUGAUGAGGCGCUUUCUGACACGAACGAUCUCUUGACGCCGCGAAAGGGGGAUCUCGUGGAGGUGAUGUACACCGCCAUCGACGACGACACGACCGAAGUGCGAUGGCGCGGGCACAUUGGGCUGCUGAACACAUCAAACAUGGAGAUGCUGAAUGAGAGUGAUCUCUGUCGCGUCAGGCGGGUUGCGUUUGGCCACUCGCUUGCCAUCCCCACAUUUGCGCCACUCGCUGUCACGGAGAGCGCCACCACAGCCAACGGUGCCCGCAAGGAAGACGUCUCUUGCCAUGCGAAUGAUGACAGCGAGGUGCAGGAAGACGAGGAAGGGGAGGAGGAGGGACGGGUGGUGUGUGCCUGCAAGCACCGCCACUCCCCCUUGUACCGCCAACAGCACGACGGCCGUCGUGUGCACGACGCGGAGUGCCCGCGAUCGAGGCGGCGCGUACACUGCGGCCUUCAAGUCGGUGACCUCGUCCUCAUCUCGAACCAUCACAGCCACGACGAUGGUGGUGGUGAUGGUGAUGGUGAUGGCGAUGAUGGGCAGGAGGAGCCGCCAGCUCUCGUCAACGUGCUGUUCCGCGGGCAAUUGGUCGCUGUGGCCCGCGGCUGCCUCAGCUCCAUCUUCGCUGACCACGACGAUUACGACGAUUACGAGGACGACGAGGACGAGGACGAGGACGAGGAGGAAGGAUAUGACGACGACGAUGUCGAUGAGGAAGAGGGUGUGGAGGUGGAUGGGGUGCGUGACGAUAAUGUGGGUGGAGGUACGCUGGGUGCGGAUGCAAGGGAGAGGGGGUGGCGUGGGAGCGAGGUGGCAGCAGCGGCGGGAAACGGCACCAGCAAAGCUGGCGCUGGUGUUGUUGUCGUCGAUGAUGAUGAUGAUGAUGAUGAUGAUGAUGAUGAUGAUGAUGAGGACGAGGAGGAGGAGGAGGCAGAAGUAGAAGGACGUGAAGAAGAGGAGGAUGGUGAAGUGCAUGGGUUGGCGGCGUUGCUGUCACCGCAGCGACCUAGAGUUCGCCAGGACAGCAACAGGAGCGACGCGUCGUGGUCGAGCGUCAUCAUCCACGAGACGGAGGCGGACGACACGGGCCACGAUGGCGACGGCGCGGACGAUGGUGCUGAUGGCGGAGUGGUUGAGCAGGACAUAAUGCAACAACAACAACAACAACAACAACAACAACAGCAACAACACCAACACCAACAACACCAACAACAACAGCAGCAGCAGCAGCAGGCAGCAAGCGACCUGUCGUCGUCACCAUCGUCUGCAUCAGCAGCGGUGUCCGUGGAAAAGACCGGUGACACCGCCUCCAUCCCUCGCACCGCAAUUGUGGCCGGUGGCGGGUCGCGUGAUGGCGGGAUCACCACGACCAACCGCAGCGGUAGCAUCACCAGCAGCAAUGCAACAGAGACCACCGUGCGUGUGUACGGAAGUGUUGACGACAGCGAUUUCAGCACGACCACGAGUGCAUCUGUCAGCGAAAGCAGCCGCAGCAGCCACGAAGCCAGGCAACGCAGCCACAAGCUUCACCACGACCACCGCCACGAGCACGACAUGGACGACCAACUUCAGCAACAGCAGCAGCAGCAACAUCAAUCACACCAUGUCGAUGGUGGUGCUGGUGUCGUAGAUCACCAGAGCAGCCACCGUGAUGGCCGCGCUCUCCCUGUAUCGCGCACGGGGAGUGGACGACAGCAGGGCGCACCACGUCUUCGCCGCCACGACAAUGAAGACCAUGACGAUGAUGAUGAUGAUGGUGGUGGUGGUGGUGGCGAGAGCGGGCAGUUGUCGCGGUCUGCAGCGUCUCGCUCGUCUGCACGAAGUCAACGCGUGUACGCGGACACUGUCAAGUACAGGCCCCAGUGGCUGAUUGACUUUUCAGAGUUGAAAGUGGAGACUGUGAUUGGACGCGGCGGCUUUAGCGAGGUGCUGCGCGGGCGGUGGCGUGGCGAAACCGUCGCCAUCAAGCGUCUUCUCUCGGAAGUCUGCAACGACCACAGCAAGACUGAGGCGCGGCUGCUGCAAGAGGCGGAGUUGCUGCAUAAUCUCCGCCACCGCAACAUCAUCCAGCUCAGAGCCGCGUGCAUUGCGCCGCCCAACUUCUGCCUGGUGCUCGAGUAUGCAGCACUCGGGACGCUGGCGAAGCACAUUGGCAAGGACACACUCGACCCGGCCCGCUUGCUCGACUGGGCAGCGCAGAUCGCAAAGGGCAUGCACUAUCUGCACGAUGAGGCGCCGGUUGCGCUCGUGCACCGCGACCUCAAGGCCGACAACAUCCUCGUCGCAGAGAACCACGUCCUCAAAAUCAGUGACUUUGGGCUUGCGCGCGAGCACACGCACACGACGCGGGUUGACCAAGCGGGCACAUACGCGUACAUGAGUCCUGAGGCAAUUCGCCAGUCCGUCUUCUCAAAGGCGUCGGACGUGUGGAGUUACGGUGUCGUCUGCUGGUCCAUGCUCACGGGAAAGCCGCCCUAUGAAGGUCUGGACUUUGCUGCGAUUGUGUACGGCAUUGGCUCAAACAGCCUCACCCUCCCCAUCCCAAACGAAUGCCCCGACCCUUUUGCUCAGCUGCUCAAAGAUUGCUGGCAGCGCGAACCGCACGAUCGCCCAACGUUCGCGCAAAUCCUCGUCAUCCUCGAGCGGCCGCGGCCGGCAGGGUUUGAGCGAACGCCACGCAUGUCGUUCAAGAAGAUGCAAAAGUCCUGGCACAAGCAGAUACAGUCUGCACUGGCGAGGAUUCGGGAGGAGAAGGUGGAACUGGUCGGCAAGGAACAAGAUCUCUUGUGA